CUAAUGACAGGGGCAGUAAUCCCGUGAGGAAUGGGAUCAAUUGACCAUUCUACUUCGAAAUUAGAAGGAGACCAAAGGCAGAGAAGGAGGAGGAUUCAAUGACUUGUUUUUCGUUAUCAGUGGGAAACGGGAUACUCUGCCGAGCCCUGAGAAACUGAAGCUGCCUUUGUCUGCAAGAACAUUAAUCUAUAUGGUUACGGCUUCUCUCCUCAGAUUUUCCUCAGCUUUACUCGCUCAACUCCGCACUUCCUCAAUCAUUCUACUCUUCCUUCUCUUCUACUGUCUGGCGAUCCCGGCUCAAAUCAAUGCCUAUUGCUAUAACAAUGGAAACUUCGCGGCCAACAACACUUAUGCUGAGAACCGCCGCCACCUCCUCUCCUCUCUCCCCUCCAAAGCAGCUUCUCUCCUCAGAUUUUCCUCAGCUUUAGUCGCUCAACUCCGCACUUCCUCAAUCAUUCUACUCUUCCUUCUCUUCUACUAUCUGGCAAUCCCGACUCAAAUCAACGCCCACUGCUAUAACAAUGGAAACUUCACGGCCAACAGCACUUACGCUGGGAACCGCCGCCUCCUUCUCUCCUCUCUCCCCUUUAAAGUCGAGGCCAACGGUGGGUUUUUCUCAGGAAGCCUAGGCACUAGCCCCGACACAGUCUUCGCCCUCAGUUUCUGCAGGGGAGACCUUCCAGCACAAAACUUGACAGCCUUUGCGAACUCCACAUCCAUGGGACUGAUGGAAAGCUGCCCAUCUCAAAAGCAAGGUGCUGCAUUUGAAGAUGGUUUCUGCAACGUUCGUUACUCAGACAGCCCUAUCUAUGGGAUACUCGACAUGAGUAUACCUUUGAUGGUUUACAACACAAUGGAUCUCGGGAUGAGCUGGGACAGUUUCAACCAAACUUGGUGGAAUCAUCUGGAAAGCCUUGCAGUGACGGCCUCAAAGGGGUCCACUAGGCUCAAGUUUGCGACAGGGGAAGCAAGUCUGCCUGACUCCCGUACUAUUUAUGCACUCCUCCAAUGUAGUCCUGACUUGUCAGAGAGUGACUGCCUUAGGUGCUUGAUUCAUUCAAUUGGUGAUUAUCAGAACUGCUGCCGAGGAAAGUCAGGUGGGGGCGUUGUCUGGCCAAGUUGUUAUUUGCGGUGGGAUCUGUACUACUUCUAUAUGUACUCACCGGCCCCUCCGCCACCAUCUCCACCGCCACCAGCAUCACCGCCGCCUCCGCCACCAUCUCCACCGCCACCUCCACUGGGUGCUCCUUUGCCCACAUCAACUAAUACAACAAGCAUCGAGAAAGAUGAUUGGGACAAGGGAUCUCUGGUGAUUGCCAUCAUUGUUCCAACUAUCAGUUUCUUGAUUAUUGUCAUCGUCAUCAUAGUUUUGUUGUAUCGAAGAAGGUUGAAAUUGCCUUGGAAGCUAAAAGAUCCUACAAUAGCAUUCCUCGCUUCUACUGAAGACUGGUUGUCAGGAAAUGAUAGCUCGCUAUUUAAGCUGAGCGAGAUCAGAGCUGCCACAAAUGACUUCUCUGACACUAACAAACUCGGACAAGGCGGAUUUGGGAAAGUUUACAAGGGGAAACUUAAUGGUGGUCAACAAAUUGCAGUAAAGAGGCUUGAAGGUUGCUCUAAUGAGGGUGAGAAGCAAUUCAAGAAUGAGAUAAUGUUUAUGGCCAGACUCCGACACAGGAACUUGGUUAAGCUUGUCGGGUACUGCUUUGAAGGCGGAGAGAGGAUCAUAAUUUACGAGUUUGUUCCUUAUGCAAGCCUCGAUAGGUUCAUAUCAGAUCCAAACAAACGUGUACUGUUAGACUGGAUGAAGCGCUAUAAGAUUAUAAAAGGAAUUGCUCGGGGGCUCCUUUAUCUUCAUGUUGACUCACAACUUAGGCUCAUCCACCGCGAUCUCAAACCAGCGAAUAUCUUACUGGAUGAGAAAAUGAACCCGAAGAUAGCGGAUUUUGGCACAGGAAGACUAUUUGCUUCAGACCAAAGCAAAGAAAGAACGAGAAAUAUUGCUGGUACAUACGGUUAUAUGCCUCCUGAGUACGUGCAACGUGGAGAGAUCUCUUUGAAGACAGAUGUUUUCAGUUUUGGGGUCAUGAUACUAGAGAUCAUCAGCGGUCAGAAGAACGGAUGCCUCAACAUUUCUGGUUCUUCAUCUCACCUGGCAAGCUAUGCGUGGAACAACUGGAAAAAAGGAACGGCAAUGAACCUGGUAGACCCUUUUCUCAAGGGCAGUCCAGUAGGUGAAAUCCUCGGCUGCAUUCACAUAGCAUUGCUGUGCGUUCAAGAGGAUGUAGCUCGUCGACCUACCAUGGCUACCAUUACUUUGAUGCUAAGCACUGAGAGUCAAAGCCUUCCUAUGCCUUCCCAUCCGGCAUUUUUAACUGACUCUUCAAUGACGAAUAAUCGAGCUCCAGCCCAAAUAGAGUGGCCCUCUGCUUGUUCAACGCCAGCCUCCAUCAAUGAACUUUCGUUCUCCAACAUGUAUCCAAGAUGAUUAGACCAGGGCAGUGUGCCUUUUCCAUCCGAGGAAUUGUAACAUUAACCCUGCUGACCAUUCAUCUGGGGUUCACAGAAACUAGUUAUUCUGUUAAGCAUUACUCUGGAUUUACACAUUUAAAUUGGAUCAGUGAACGAUUUUAUGAGGGCAAAGACAGUAUGUCAUUCCUCGGGAUGAAAACAAAACUUCCUCACCCA